GCAAUUCUUACCUUUCUUACCUAUUUGAUGAAGAUGUCUUUUGAAAGGUGUACUGCAAGGAACAAAAUGUUUGUAAAUUCUGCUUUUACCAAGGUAAAGAUCAAAUUUUAUAAAUUUACUUUUUUGUUUAUACAAGGAAGAAUAACUUCAUAUAUUGAAUAUAUUCAAAAGUUUAAACAUUUAAUUGUAUUGCCCUAUUUAAGGAAAAUUGAAAUAUUUGAGAAGUGGAUAAUUACUGUACCUUCCUCAUGAAAAAAGUUUUAUUUAAAGUGUUAUUUCUCAUUGAAUACUAUCAAAAAGGAAAAAAAAAUGACCUAAACUUUUGAGAUAGAUUUGGCUCUAGUAAGUAUUCAGAUAUAUCACUUGCAUAUCUGGGAGAAGAAAUAAGAGACUAUCAUCAAUACAUUC